ACAUAGCGUCAAUAAGUAUUUUGGCGCCAAAGUACGGCAGCGAGUGAAUAUUCAUUUUACCACCUAAAAUCUAACGUUUAACGAUUUGAUUUUACAAGCAAUGGCACCCAGAGAUUAUACGGAAGAAAGAGAAACUGCACGAAAAUUUUUAGCCGAGUUUUGCUCUGAUGGCGACAAAAAAGGUCUAGGAAAGAAUUACAAAUAUGCUCCUCAAUUGGUGAAAAUAGCUCAUCGAGAGCAAACUGCGAUAGAAAUUGACAUAGACGAUAUAUCAGAGCAUGAUCCAGAUUUGGCUGAAGCUAUUGGUAUGAAUACUAGACGCUAUGUUAAUUUAUUUUCGGAUAUAAUAUCAGAAAUGUUACCUGACUACAAAGAUCCAACUCUGGGACCAGUAGUCAAAGAUACGUUAGACGUUUAUAUAAACCAUAGACAAAGACUUGAGAACCAAAACCAUCCAGAACAAGAAACAACUCGUAACGCUAGAAACCGCUAUCCUCCUGAACUUAUGAGAAGAUUCGAAGUGUAUUUUAAAGCGACUCAACAUCAAAAAGCCCAAGCUGUCAGAGAUGUUAAAGCAGAGAGCAUUGGAAAGUUAGUAUGCGUCAAAGGAAUUGUAACAAGAUCUACACAGGUGAAACCUAUGAUGCAAGUAGCAACCUACACCUGUGAUCAAUGUGGUCAUGAAACCUAUCAACCGAUUCAAUCACCCGUGUUCAUGCCACUUUUACUAUGUCCAAGCACUGAGUGUACAACUAAUAAGUCAGGAGGACGAUUGUAUCUGCAAACUCGCGGAUCUAAGUUUAUACGCUUUCAGGAAUUGAAAAUACAAGAACAUAGCGAUCAAGUACCGGUAGGAAAUAUACCUCGAUCAAUGACAGUAUAUUGUAGAGGAGAACUAACAAGACAAGCUCAGCCAGGAGAUCAUGUUCUUGUAACUGGUGUUUAUCUUCCAAUGAUGAGACACGGAUUUAAACAAUUAGUGGGCGGAUUGCUAUCGGAGACUUACUUGGAUGCUCAUAGAGUUAUCAAGAUGAACAAGACUGUUGGAGAAGACGCUGGCGUGACAGAUGAUGACGUUUUAAAACAUUUAGAAGAUGAGGACUUUUAUGAUAAAUUAGCAUAUAGUGUAGCGCCGGAAAUUUACGGACAUGAAGACGUUAAGAAAGCUCUGUUGCUUUUACUUGUUGGCGGGGUAGACAAAUCGCCAAAGGGCAUGAAGAUCAGAGGUAACAUAAAUAUUUGCUUGAUGGGUGAUCCUGGUGUGGCGAAAUCCCAGCUUUUGUCCUAUAUUGAUCGUUUAGCUGCACGUAGUCAAUAUACAACGGGUAGAGGAAGUUCAGGCGUUGGUUUAACGGCUGCCGUACUCAAGGAUCCUAUAACUAACGAGAUGACGUUAGAGGGUGGUGCUUUGGUUUUAGCCGAUAGGGGAAUAUGUUGCAUAGACGAGUUCGACAAAAUGAUGGAUUCAGAUCGUACAGCCAUUCACGAAGUUAUGGAACAACAAACCAUAAGCAUUGCUAAGGCCGGUAUAAUGACCAGUCUUAAUGCUAGAGUGUCUAUUUUAGCGGCCGCCAAUCCGGCAUUCGGGAGAUACAAUCCCAAAAAAACAGUUGAACAGAACAUUCAACUGCCGGCGGCACUGUUGUCCAGAUUCGAUCUUUUAUGGCUUAUUCAAGAUAAACCUGAUCGCGAGAAUGAUCUUCGCCUGGCACAACAUAUUACAUACGUUCAUCAGCACAAUGUUCAGCCCCCCAGUCAGUUUAAACCGCUGCCAAUGAAUGUUAUCAGGCACUAUAUAUCAAUGUGCCAGAAACAACAACCAAUUAUACCAGAAGCUCUAACUGAAUACUUAACAGCCUCCUACGUCGAACUUAGAAAGGAAGCGCGAAAUAACAAGAACACGGCCGUUUUUACAUCUGCCAGGUCGCUUUUGGCAGUACUUCGUCUGUCUACGGCUCUGGCGCGUCUUAGAUUGAGCGAUGAAGUAUCGAAAGACGACGUGCGCGAAGCGAUAAGAUUGAUGGAAACGUCGAAAGCUUCCUUAACCUCUGAGAUGGAAAGUGGGCGAUACCAAAGUCCAACCGACAUGAUUUUCGCUCUCAUACAAGAAAUGAUACCACCCAGCGGUCCACGUACCGUUAAAUUAGCCGACAUAAUAGACCGUUGUACUUCCAAGGGUUUCACGCCCGACCAGGUAGAGAAAACAGUCGACGAAUAUGAGGAAUUAAACGUCUGGCAAGUGAACAGUGGGCGUUCAAAAUUAACCUUUGUGUAG